UGGCACGGUGCUGGCCCGAGUCCCACGCUCUUAUUUGUGAUGUGCUGAGACAUCUGCUACACACUGUCCUUUGGCCCAGCUGACCUCGGACAGAUUCCCUCCUGUUCUGAUUCACUGCCCGCGGCCCUGAUGAUAAAAAGAAUCUCAUCUCUGCUGCAGAGAGCUCCGUCUGUGUUCCCCGCAGCUCAGCCACCACCUUCUCCCGGGGGCCUGACAGCCAUGAAGCUGCUUCUCCUGUUCCUGGCCAUCUUUCUGGCUGUGGAACCCGUGAUGUCAGAAGAGGAGUGUUGGAGUCACGGACACUGCCGGUUGGUGUGCAACGAUGACGAGGAUCAUGUCUUACGCUGCGUAAAUCGCAAACGGUGCUGUGUCCCUAGUCGCUAUGUGACAAUGAAACCAAUAACAAUCGAUUACGUCCUUGACUGGACCACACCUACCGUGCCCACAACCGUCCCCACGACCGUCCGCAAAAGGAAGAAAAACAAAAAACACGGCCGGGGUUGAUUUUUGCUUCAGACUUCUUAGUUUGCACGCUUCAUUAAAACUCACACAUGGG